AUGAAUUACUCUAAUAUUGGAGUUUAUACAUCAUCAGUUAAAAGCAAUAAUAGUCCUAAAACAAACAACAACUAUAAUCAUUUAUAUCGUAGUAGUAGUAGCAUAGAAUCAUCCCCUAGUAAUAACAACAACAACAACAACAACAACAACAACAACAACAACAACAACAACAACAACAACAACAACAACAACAACAACGAUUCAAUCGUUGACAAUAACAACAAUAAUUUAGGUUCACCAAAGUCAUGGUCCACUAAAUCAAUAUCAUUGAAACCCUAUAACUCUCCAUUUAAAGGCGAUCGCAUUGGAUCAAACACUCACUCUUCAUCUUCUUCUUCCUCCUCUUACCAAUUUGAAGAUGCAUCUCCCUCUAAAGGUUUGGCUCAUGAUCGUGAUUCAUUGACUUAUCCUCCCCAUCUAUCAUCAUCACCAUCAUCAUCUCUAUCACCAUCGCCAUCUUCGUCGUCAUUGAACAAAAAUAAUAAUGAAAUCAACAUUAAUAAUCAAGACAAAGAAAACUUGGUGGUGAAUAUGAGAAACACUAGUUCAUAUUCUCCUCCUCUAUCAGCUUCCUUUUCAUCUUGUUUGUCCUCAUCCUCCUCUUCAGCUCAAAAGAAACCAACAUCUUCUUCCUCUCACUCAUCUUUGGCAUCUGGUUCAAUAAAUGCAAAUAUCUAUCUCGAUGAUGAUGAUGAUGAUGAUGACUAUGAUGAAACUUUGGAUUCAAGUGAUACUUCUUUUUACAUGGCAACAAAACAAUUAACCAACACAUUGAGUCUUUGUGACUUGGAUGUAUACUUUUCAUCAUCAUCAUCAGAAGAGGAAGAAGAAAAAGACAAUUAUGACAAUGGAAAUGAAAAUGAAAUUGAAAAGAUUGAUAGAAACCAAAAUCAUAGAGAAUCGAUACAAGAUCUAAACUCAUUUGAUAUUGACAUGCUAGUCAACAAAAACAAUUCUGAUAAAGCUAAAAACUUGACUCAAAAAUUGAAUUCAUUAAAACAAAAAUACCAUGAAAAGGAAAAGAGAACCAAAGAUAGAUCAGAAGAGUUGAGAUUAAAAAACAUAAGGAAACAACGCGAAAAGAAUAAUAAAAUAAUAACCGAGCUCACAAACAAGGAACAAUCACAAAGAAAUUCAAUCAAGAAUGAAAUCAUGUCGACACAAAAUAGCAGACUAAAUGACUCGAUUAAAAACGAUACACAAAAUACCAUUAAAAACUAUAAUCAAGUAAUGGAGGAUAAAAGUAGAAAAAUACAAGAGGAAAUGGAAAAAAUGAAAAGAAAAGAGGAUCAGAAAAGAAUGGAAGAAGAAAAGAAAAAGGAAGAGGAAAGAAAGAAAAGAGAAAAUGAGGAAAAGGCAAUCUUGGAAAAGGAAAGAUUAGAAAAGGAAAGAUUGGAAAAGGAAAGAUUGGAAAAAGAAAGAUUAGAAAAGGAAAGAUUAGAAACUAUCGAAAAAGAAAGACUGGAAAAAGAAAAAUUGGAAAAAGAAAGAUUGGAAAAAGUAAGAUUAGAAAAGGAAAGAUUGGAAAAAGAAAGAUUGGAAAAGGAAAGAGUAGAAAAGGAAACACAGGAAAAGGAAAGAUUGGAAAAGCAAAGAUUUGAAUUGAAUUCCAAACCAGAAACAGAAUAUGAUGUUGCAAUAGCUGCUUGGCAAGAAUAUAAAGAUGGAAAAUUAUUUUUUGAUACUGUUUCGAAACUUGAAUCCAAUAUUCCUCUAGCCACACAAAAGGAUUUAUUAAAAAAUAUCAACAAAAUAAUUAAUCAAAUAUCAUCAAAUAGAGAAUCAAUUAUAUCAAAGUCAACAGAAUUGAAAAAUAUAUUAGAUUCAAUAAGAGGAGAAAAUACAUUCUAUCGUAUGACAAUGAAUACGAUAUGUACAAAGAUUAUGCAACAAGUUGAAGUACAGAUCAGCGCCAAUCCUUCUUUGGCCACUCCAUAUGCUAUGGUAAUAGUCAACAUUGCUAAAAGCAAUCCCGAUAUUUUACAAUUUAUUUCAUGCCACCUCCAACACCAUUGUAUAUACAUGACACCGAUGCAUGCAAAGAAAAAUAUAGGCGAUUCCAAUGAUAAGUAUUUUGCUCGAAUGGGAUACAAGAUGACUCAAGACGGGGUGGUAGCAGAAAAAGAAGAAGAUUUCUAUCUUCGUAUGACGGGUUACAUUGCCCUUUACGCGUCAAUUGUCUCACACUCUGCAUCAGAUUCACAACUCUCUGACGAAAUUAAAUGGUAUCUACUAGAAAGUGCAUGGAAAUGGAUAUCUAGGUUCUGUAACCUCAAAGCUAAAAGAAUAACAUCUUUUAUGUUGUUGUCAUUCUUGCAAACAGCAGGACAUGUCAUGCUGGCCAUCUACAAGAACCAAUUCACUAAAAUAUUAAAUCUCAUCUCUACGAAAGAGUUUCUUGAUGCUCUGCCAAAUGAACCAGGUGUCCGAUCAUCAAAUGCAAGACUAAUACAAUUUCUAGAAAACUAUCAUUCUAACAAAACAAUUCAACCACUUGAAGGAUCAAUUAUUAAUUAA